UUAUUAGCCUAAUUUAUGAAUUGCAGUCAAGGAAAAUCUUCUGCAUGGAACUUUGUCGUCCUCUGCUGGUGAAAAGUUCACCCGAAUAUUUUACCCAUGAUUCAUAGAGCGAUGUGAUGUGCCUGUCUGCGGUUGUUUCAAACAUGGAGGAAAGCGAAAGAAGACAAAAACAAACAUGUUCCGAAUCAGAGAGCAAGAAUUUAGAAGCUUCAAGUGCAAGUGCCCCAUAUGCUUCUGAAAAUAAGGCAGAAAUAGAAGAGGACGAUGAUAUUGAUGCAAAGUUGGAUGUUACAUCCGAUAAGUUUGAUCCACUACUGGUGCUCUACGCUCCCACAGUGCCACUUCCAUACCCCAAUAUUAAAUGUUUUAACAACAUAGCCGAGUAUGAGAGCUUUCUGAAGGGGGGACGGGGCCGAGCCAAGCCAGAGAAUGUGGAAAAGAAGCAGAGAAAAGCCAUGAAAGGUGUAGCAGAUCCAGAGAGGAUAGAGAGACUUAAAAAGCUGAUGGUGAACAAUCCGACAGAGGGAGAGGAUGGAGAUGAGGGAACCAGCGGCAAUGCAAAGCGUCGCGGUAGAAUGCAGAGAGCAACUAAGAAUGUCCUGACCAGGAUGCCACUCCAUACAGGAAGUCCUCUGGGGGAGCUGCACCGCUGUGUAGAGGAGAGGAUCCGGGUUAAAGUUCACAUCAGAACCUUCAAAGGGCUCAGAGGAGUGUGUUCUGGAUUUGUAGUGGCAUUCGACAAGUUCUGGAACAUGGCAAUGGUAGAUGUGGAUGAGACAUACAGGGAUCCUUUGCUGGGUGAAGCUCUCUACCACGAAAAGGCCCUGACUGUCACUCGGCUCUUAGACAAGCUGAAACUCCAGGAGAGCGCCCGGCUGAGGGAGUACGAGACCAAGAGGAUACAGAGAGUGAAGAGGAAAAGUGAAAUGCUCCCUCCGCUGCCUGACACCCAGACGUCACAAACCCUAACCAGAGACCGAAGGCGAGAGGACCCUAACAUACGAGGCCCAAGGAGGAGGGGGGCCCUAAAGGCAGUGGACCCACGAAUGGCGAGGGCUACACCGGGUCCCCCAGUGGGUGAUGACCCUGGAGCCCCGGUGGAAAUUGGUACACAGUCGCAAAUGAAAGCCCAGGAUUUAGAGGUUAAAGGUCAGAGAAAAGAUUCCCAGCAGAACGAAGGGUCCCAGCAUUACGGGAAGGUUCACACACGGCAUGUCAACCAGCUCUUCAUACGUGGUGAGAAUGUGCUUCUGGUCAACCUACAGCCCCUCUGAACCAACCUACAGCCCCUCUGAACC